AUGUCUCAACAGCUGUUGGGUACUAUUGUAUCUGGGCGGUCGCGCACCCCGCUUGUUCUGAUGCUGUUGGGUUGGAUGGGCGUUCUUAUUCAGUGGCCCUUGAGCAUGCUGCCUCGAUGGUACACCUUCGCACAGAGCAUGCUCAGUCGCACAUGUCUCAAGCUGUCGUUCUGGCAACUUGGAAGCAUCUUGCGAAGGGCAUUCAAGUUCACAAAUUGCAUUUCUUCUUAUGAUGCUGCCAAUUUCAGGGUAUUUGAUCCCCGAGUGCAGUGUGUGCUGAUCGUGCGCAUCUCAAGUUGUCGUUCUGGUGUUGUCAUGCAUACUACCUGUCAAUCUGACACUAGCGAGUUUAAGUUGAGAACGAAUCAGCAGUUGCAUUGUAUCGAGAGUCCUCGAGGGGCUGCGUCCCGAUAUCAGCAACAGCAGGAUACUACAUGUAUUACACGUAUUGAUUCGUUUAUGGCACUACGACGCCAUGAGGAACAUGACCAGAUCAGUCCCACUCAUUUGCAUAUGGCUCUGGAUCUCUACCAUCAGCAUCAUGUUCUAUCCCCAUCGCUGAGAGACAUUCAAAGCUCGGAACAUUGUGAAUUCAAAGAUGACGAGGGCACAAUCAAAGUAAAAAUGGUCGAUGGCGAAAGGUUGCAAGUUAGUGAGGGGCGCUGGGGAGGUGAGAAAGCCUGGAAUGAGAACGGUGGAGACUAUGAUAUGAGGAAAUGUGGUCUAUAUGUUUACUCUGUACAAUAUUCAUGA